CGCAACCCGGGGCCAGAAAUUGAACUUACACCCUGCUCCUCGCAUCACUUCCGAUGCUGCCUCGCUCCCUGUGGUUUCGGCAUUUUCGUCGCGAGCGCUCAAACCGACUCGCCGUGCUGUCUGGCCCACAUCGGUCACGAACGGCGCGGGGAAUCCAGAGAACAAUAGGAUCGUGGAGUCAAGCUGACAACGUGCCGCCUGCCUCCUGGGCUGCGAGACUGGCGAGGGACAGUCUCGACACAGAACAACUCCGAAAGCAAGGAACGAUCAACCAUCAUCAAAUCGUGGGGCCUGCAGGGCCAGCAUGCCCGCCCGAUCCCUUCCGCCUCCCCUCCAACCAGCCGCGGCCGGCCAGCCGCAGCCUCGGGCCGCCAGGGAGCAGCCGCAACCGCGGCCUCUGGCUUUCCGCCUCCGAUGCGCGGCCCCGGGCCGCAGCUCCUCGCCGGCCGCGGCCGGCCAGGGGCAGCGGCAGCCAGCCAGCCGCAGCCCUCGGGGCGGACCCAGCCGCAGCCUCGGCCGCGGCCUCCGCUGCGCAGCCUGCGAUGCGCGGCCUCGGGCCGCGGCUCACCGCCAGCCACAGCCGCAGCCGGCCAGCGGAGCCCCCGGCCGCAGCCCCUCAGGGGGCUGCCCUGGCCUCAGCAUGGAGGCAGCGGGCCCCUGGAGGAGAUGGGGCCCUGGAAGCCGCUCGCCGUAUUUCGGAGCCGCUGGGGCCCUCAAACGAGCCCCAGGACCGUCAAAAAUAGCUCGGAGCGAAGAACGGGCCCUGGGGAAGGCCUGGGGUCUGGGACACAAGCAACCACAUGCCAAACCCACGCCUGCAAGCAAGAUUUCUGAAAGAUCGGCCGGGUUUGAGAACUCGAGAGAUGCCUGCAGUCAGGUGAAUCCCAGCAGGGGUGCCCGACGUCCCAGCGUCGACAGCACCCGCAGGGGUGGGGUUCGCAAGUGCUCGCAAUGGGGCACGCCUCCCUCCCUUUUCAUGGCGUCAGCCGCAGCUGGCCAGUGGAGCGGCCGGCCUUCCAGCGCGACGGCGAGGCGCCUCGCGCGGACCCACCUCUCGAGAGGUAUGAAGGCGCACGCACCCAGCGUGGCGAGGUCGCGGGGCGAGGAUCGGCUGAUCGACUGCGCGGCAAAGGGGCCUCGAUUGAAUAAAGAUCGGAGAGGAAGGGGUCCAGGGUCUCGCGGCCGACGAACGUCUCGUCGCGGGGAAACCGCGGGCCGCCCGCGCCGCCUCCACUUUCAAAAACGAAAUGCACCCUCUGCAGUCAUGGGAGGCCACCACGCGAUAGGCGACUCCACCGUACCUGAACAAAUCGCUUGGAAGUCCCGAAGCGGAUCUCGGGGUCUAGCAUGCCUAGAACCCGCCACGAGGCACGAACUGUUGUGUCCUCAGGUAGAGGUGCAAAAAACGGGCAGUGGAAGGCGCCCGCGAGCCACUUCAC